AGUCCUGGUGCAGAGCGAGAUGCUAGUGAUCAAGGAUCGAGAGCUGAAAGAGACCAAGAACUUAUACAGCGCCGUUAAAGAUAUGUUGGCUCUACAACCUAGCCCAGAUAUACAGCAAACAUUGACUUCAACACAACGUGCUUUAGCUCAGAGAACUACUAAAAUGAAGUGCCUAAUAGCUGAAUUAAACAUGCGUGAACGGCAAGUAACGGACUUGAAGCUGGAGCUAGAACGCCUAAACAACGAGUUACACUCGUUCAAAACGAAGUAUUUCGAUAUGAAGCGGGCGCUUGAUGCUGACGAAGCGAGACGAUUGAAAGUGCCCACUCCUAAGACACCUGAGAAAACGCAGAGCGUUCACUGUAAAUGCUGUAAAUGUUGGUCGUCAUGAAAGAUCAUCUUGGGGUGAAAAUGGGGAUAUUUUUUAAAGAGAGCCAGAGCCAUGGUAGACCGGAGAUAGGAAAGAGAAUUUAUUGCAUUUUUAUUUUGCUGAACCUCCUACAAAUAUGUGAGGUUGAUCUACAUCCUCACCAUGGAAGUUAGAAUAGGUGUAACGGUUGUUUUAUUAAACCAAAGAAGUUUGAUUUACAAACUUAAGUGAGGCAUAAACUAUAUUUUGGUCUCUGGGAAACAAGUACAAGGUUUAUAUAUCUUUUUACAGUGCAAUGUCCAACGCACAGAAGUAUCUUCUUUUCGAUACAAAUACGACUGUGGUGGAAUUUGUAGGUUUAAAGAAUAGAGUGUGUUAUAGUAGUUUUAUGGUAAGUGGGCGAAUGUAACCUAGAUUUAAUAAUAUACCCCAAUAGCUUAAUUUUAAUGUGCCAAUUUUACAUAAUAUCGUCGCUCGGUCGUUCAAAAAGGAGGUGUUUGCUAAAGCAUUAUAGUGCUUGAAAUUACGCAAAUCAAACUAUUGCAACUUAAAGCGUUUAUUUAUAAUUAAUGAUCUCAAGUAUUAAGUCGAAGUUACCAUUGUUUUUAUUCUACAACCACAGUUAUUUUGUUAUCCCUGUUAACACGUGAUAUGGGGUUGAUAUUGACAAUAAAUAAAACACCAAAAUAAUUAAUCCGAAAACAAUAGUUUUAUUUAA